CUGUAUUAAGAAAAAAUUGUCAGGCAGCGGCUGGGACAGCUUCCCGCCCGGCCUCCCGCUGGUUACAGCACAGUGCUGUGUGUUUACUGGGAGUUACUGGCAGCUGUAUGGGCUGGGAUACACCUGGCUUUAUAACAGACACCACCUGGAGAUACACACAGGUAGGGCUCAUCUGCUGAUACCCAGCAAAUAGACUGUGUGUGUGUGUAUAUAUAUAUAGAUAGAUAGAUAGAUAGAUAGAUAAUUAACAUGGGAGAGGACUGGGACUAAGCUGGUUUAUUAUCAGGGCUUAUAUUGCCAGGGAUUCAAAGUGAAUGUCAGAAAUCUCCAAGGAUGCUGUAUUAUGUGCAGUUGAGCUAUUUUGGCAUCAACAUUGGAAUUUACUUUGGUUUACUGACAAAUCAAACUAGAAGUGUUUAUUCACUAAACUACGAAUUGUUUUGAGUUUGCAAUAAAAAGAAGGAAGUAAAAGGUUACCAAGGUGCUGCCAUUAGCCGAGUUGGAGAGUCUCUGUAGAUUAGUUACAUUUGAUGAAAUGUUGUUAUUGGGAUUUUAAUUUGACACAAUGUGGAGUUUAGUUAUGGGACAGUAUCAUCGAUAGAUCCUGCCUCUGCAGUGUCACUGCUCAAUUCUCUGCCAUCCAGGACUUUUGUUUCAGUUUAUGCAGAACUACUCACACCUACCUGCAUGUGUAGCUCACCUACCUGUUGUGUAGCUCACACAACCUGCCUACACUUCGUUUAAAGUGUGAUCUAAUGUUUAAACUUCCUUUAUUGCAUAUUCUGUUUAAUAUGGAAUUUCUUAUCUCCUUCUCUGUAAAUGGCAUUCUAGACCCUGCAUAAGACUCAUGUUUGUGAUUAACCAAUAUAUAUAUUUAUAUUGUAUUUUCCUGUUUAUGAAAACGCAAAAUAAAGGUUGUCAAAAAAACAAACAAAAAAAACAAUAUAUAUAUAUAUAUAUAUAUAUAUAUAUAUAUAUAUAUAUAUAUAUAUAACUAAAACAAGUUACCAUCUGAUUGAAAAUGGAACAAUUUUGCAUUCAGGCUGUGUCAGCCACAUUCAGGGGAGGUGUGACUAGGGCUGCAUGGACAGAAACAAAUGUGAUAUAACUUCUAAAUGGCAGAGAACUGAGCAGUGAAAUUGCAGGGGCAUAUUACAGCCGUUUACUUAAUAACUCCCCAAAUUGGCAUUCUUGUUUGAUACCAAAUUAAGGAGCUGUUUAGUAGAUAACUCAUUUUUUGUAUCCUUAUGGCAAUCCCUCAAGGAUUAAGGAGAAUCUAAGAAUCUGAAAGACCAUUUCUUUUCUUAAUUGUGGUCUUUCAGACAACUUUACUAAUACUCUAAAUGGUUAAAUCCUCCCUCCUGACCCUACCUGCCUUCUCACAAGUAGGGGCAUGUCUACUUAACAGCAGGCAGCCAGUGGCUGCACGCUGUUAUAAAAAAAAGACAAGUGGCUAAUAGAAUAAUAAACUAGUGUCACCCCUUUCCCAACGAGUGGGGGCUGUUAAACUAAAGAGGGAGGACCUGGUGUCCCCCUCUAGUCCCUGGAUGGGCGCUAUUUAAAAUAAAUUUUAAAAAAAAGCCGAUAGCUCCCACCUUGUAGCUAGAACGAAUGCACGGACAAAAUUUAGUCCAAAAAGCAAUUAAUUUUUCGUUUAAUUUAUUUGUUCAUUUGUCUUUUGGACAAAUGGACAAAAAGCCCAAGUCAGUAGGAAUGACACAAGAAGAUCUCGUGAGACAACAGAGGAAGGACAGGACAGAGAGGUUGAGUGAUGUGGGAAAGUUUUUCUGUAAAAAAGGAAGUGGAGCUUGUUUAAGUUCUACCCUUCUGUCAUAUUUGUCAAGAGUAGAAAACUGAAUUAGACAAAGUAAUCCCUACUUUGUCAUGUAUUUUUUAAAGAGAAUUCCGAUAUUAAGAAAAUAAGAACAGAUUGUGGAAGAUGAGAGGAAACAUUAGGAGAAAGGUUAGUUUUAGGUGACAGAGCCACUUUAAUUAGUAACAUUUGCUGAAUAUGUGAAAAUGUGGUUGGAAUUUAAAAAACUAAAAAACUAAAAAGAACACCAGUGUAAAUAUCUAGUGCCUAUAGUAACUCAUAGUGUGUUUUACUUCUACAGGUUUCAAUGACAAUGAGAGAUUACUGUUAUGUGUAAAUCUAUGUCCUAAAAUUAGAAUACUCUCUUAAAGCAAAAUGUCUCUGUCUCCUGAGAAAGCAACUGAGCUGAAACAAAUCAUCCACGAGCAACUGACCCGGGUAAGUUAAUGUAGUGAACACUGCUUACUGGUUUAUGUCUAAAUGCUUGCUCAUACAGAAAAUAGUAUAGACUGCAUGGUGAGCAAAUAUUUAUGGUCAUAGUUUAACUUUAGUUAAUAAAUCAAAUUUGUGGUUUCAUUUGUGACAAGCUUCAUGUGUAGUUAAAAAAAUAAAAUAAAAAAAAAAUGCAAGCAAUAUUAACACUCCAUACAAAUUCAGUAAAGUCCUCUUAUUCGAUUCUUACUGUGGACUGUAAAAUCACAGUGGAAAGCAUUUUAAUCAUAAAACAGAAUUAAAUAGUGACUGGUUUUAUUGCCAUAUUCAACAAAGUUGUUUUGUAAAUACAUUCCCAGCGCAUGAGAUGUAAUUGUUCUAAUAUCCUACCAACAAGCAUGUUUUAAACUUGCUAAGAUACUAUAGGAAUGGAGUGACAGAUGUCACUCGGUUAUAUCUCCGAAGCUUUGGAAAAGAAGCCAGCAAUGUUGGUGUCAUGGGGAGGAUGAGAGAAAGUUGGCUUAGAGGGUGGGUGUUAUAGUAGUGCAACACCCACAAAUCCCCAAUCAUUGCAGCUCCUAUCUUUCUGUCUGUGAGUGUGUUUUUGUUUUGUUUUUUACUUUUAGUAGUAUCUGUCCAUAAAACACAAUUCUAUUUACUGGCUGCUAAGCAAACCACACAUUUGACUUUCUACUUUUGGCAAAUAUAAUACUACUAAUGAUAAGUAUCUGCAUUUACAUAUUAGUAUUUUUUCAUUGGACAAAACCCACCAUAUUGUUAUACAACACAAACAUGUUAAAAAUGUCUUGAUCCUCUAGAAUGUAAGCUCAUUGAGCAGGGCCCUCCACCUCUCUAGUCCUGUACGUCCAGUUGUCUGGUUUCAAUUACAUGUCUGUUAGUCCACCCAUUGUACAGCGCUACGGAAUCUGAUGGCGCUAUAUACCUUUAAAUGCCAUGUUUCCUAACAGAAACGUUAUGCUUAGAGACAGUGCCCACAUGGCUGUUUUGUGACAGGUACAUUAAAGAAAAUAGUUACACAUUCACACAUACUCUCCCUACACCUGUGCUCUACGCAGGGCCGGCGCUACCUGUAAGGCGGACUAGGCAGCUGCCUAGGGCGCCCCUUGGGAAGGGGCGCUGCCCCCCCUCCCCCCAUGCAGCAGCCGCCCGAGUGCUCUGCAGAGAGCCUCAGGCGGCUGCAGCUUUGCCCGGGCGGUGCGUCCAUGAGAAAUUGGGAGGGGAGGGGGGGGAGAAGAAAUUGGUAGGGGAGGGGGGAGAAAAAUAAAUUGUCGGGGGGGAAGAAGAAUAAAUUGUCAGGGGAAGAAGAAAUUGGUAGGGGAGGGGAGAAAAAUAAAUUGUCAGAGGGGGGGCAAGAAGAAAUUGGGAGGGGAGGGGGAGAAGAAGAAAUUGGGAGGGGAGGGGGGAGAAGAAGAAAUUGGUGGGGGGAGAAGAAAUUGACGGGGGUGAGAGUGACAGUGGAGGGAGGGGCAAUGAGAGUGGGAAGGGGGAGGGGAGAAGAGAGUGACAAGGGAGAGGGGGGAGAAGAGAGUGACAAGGGAGGGAGAGGGGGGAGAGAUUGACAUCCAUCACACACACAUGCAAUGCACCCCUUGCACACAGAAAAACACACAAUGCAUUACACACACAGACACACACACACACACACAAACAAUGCACCCCUUACACACACUCAAUGCACCCCUUACACACACUCAAUGCACCCCUUACACACGCACACACUGCAUCCUGCACAUACACAGAAACACACCUUGCAGCCCUUACACAUAUAAACACAGAUUCACACAAUGCAUUCCUUACACACAUAUCUUGACAUCCCCUACACACUCCACCCCCUGUGAACAAACUCAUUGGGGAACAUGAAGGUGGACCCUGGGACCCAGACCUUGAGCUGUGUAAAGGGCCCCCAAAAAAUGGAGCUGCUUACCGUUCUCCCAGAACAUUGAUUUUUGUGACCACAGUUACAAACAGCCUCCAGAGAGUCUGUUCUACACCAGACCAGUGGAGCCAGACUGCAGCUAGAGCCCAUCAUUGUCCUCAUCUCGUUGUAAGUAGGCAAUCUACUAUAUUAUUCGUGGUACUAAUCUCUAAUUUACCUCACAUUAAAGAAACACUAUAGUUCCCAGAACCACUGCAGCUUAAUGUAGUUGUUCUGGUGUCUAUAGCCUGUCACUGCAUGCCUUAUAAUGUAAACACGGCGGCACUGCAGCACUGGCGUUAGUUAACAUGGCAGAUCAUAUGGGUGGAGCAUUGUGAUGUCACAUGGGGGGGGGGGCGGCAAACUUUACUUUUGCCUAGGGCGGCAAAAAUCCUUGCACCGGUCCUAGCUCUACGUGUCCUCCCUGGUUUACUUGGAGACUACAAGGCAUCUCAUCACAUUUGUUUAAACAUGGUCUAUUCAUUAAUAAGAUAUCCCUAGUGGCCAGAAAGGCUCUGAGUCAAGCAUGGUUGAAAAUGAAAGUCCCUGGGUUAGCAGAGGUGGAAUAUAUGGUACAGGACAUAUAUCUUAUGGAUAAACUGAUGGCAAAAGUUCCCCAUUCUAAAACUUUUUUCAACAAAACAUGGCAACAGUGGAUAACAAACAAGGGAUUAUAAUAAGACAGAAUGUAAAUAUCCUUUGGACACCACACUUCCCCCUGGCAUUUUCCCCUCACCCCUGCAAUAUUCCUCUCCAUAUCCCUUUUCCCCUCUUUUUAUUACUCUGAAUGUUGACAUAUUUACACUGAUUUCUGAGAAUUAGACUGAUAGUCGCUGUCCACUGUCAUUAGUAUGUAUUCCAACAUCUAUGUCUAUGCCACUUUAUGUACAUGUACUUCUUGUUGCAAUGCCUGGUUUGUCAAAAAAAAGGAUUUAAAAAUAAAACACAGUUCUAUUAAACACAGCUCUCUCUCCAUAUGUUGGAGAGAAUAAAAGAAAAAGAGCAUGGGGGAAGGAGUGUUGUCAAAGACUGUAAUGUACCCACUCAAUUGGGGAAAACAAGACCACCCAAUUUACAACAUGUCCUACAUUCUUCCGUUGCACUACAUCAUCCUUUUUCCAUGACCUCUAUUUUUAAUACCCUUGUUCUUAAUUUCAAAUUCUAUUCUUUAUGGAACCCUAUAAAGUAUUCAGUCCAUGCAAACCACAUUACUGUAUAUUUCCUGAUUCUAUCUUGCAGUGAAAUGGUCAUCUUCUCCACUGCCCUAAUGUCCUCCUCACUGUUAUUUCACUGCUGUGUAGCUGUCUAGAAAAGGGGAGAAAUGACUUUGCUGCAUAUAGAAAAUACCUAAAGGGAUACUACAGUCAUCAAAAUUUUAGCUUAAUGUCACAGUUUUUCUGUAUAGAUCGUGACCCUGCAAUCUCACUGCUCAAUUCUCUUCCAUUUGGGAGUAAAAUCAUUUGUGUUUCUCUUUAUACAGCUCUAGCCACCCCACACCUGGCUGUGACUCACACAACCUGCAUGGAGAAAAAGUUACCCUUUUCAGUCCUAUGUUAACUUGUUUUAGAAGUUUUUAUCUCCUCUUUAAAAUGAGCUUUAAUCACACACAGUGGGCUGGUGCAGUGUCUAGGAGGCAAUUCACGAAGCAGGAGAUAAGAAAUUCACGAUUAAACAGACUGUGCAAUACAGGAACCUAGAAUAUCUAGGUUCCUUUUUAGGAAGUGUUUAGGAAGGCUGUGCAAGUAACAUACAGGGCUAUAUAAACUAAGUGAUUUAAAUCCAAAAUGGCAGAGAAUUGAGUAGUGAGACUGCAGGGGCAUGAGCUAUACACACAAACUGCUUCAUUAAGCUAAAGUUUUUUGGUUCCUAUAGUGUUCUUUUAAAAAGAUAAUGAUUGUAUUUGGAAAUAGGCGUGGAAGCGGAAUACAAUAACAUAACUUCUGGAGCAAAAUCCAGUGGGAAGCCCACAAUUCCUGCCAUAUCAGUAUUUCCCUUUCCUUUAUGUUAUAAUAAUAGAGCUCUCCUAUUUAACACCUUUAUCUUUAAUUUAUUUAGAUGGACGUGCAUGGUAAAAUACGAGCAGUUUUGGCUGAAACAUUGAAGGAUGAGUUCAAGACAGACAGUCAACACUUUACAGAAGAAGAUUUAAUGAUGGCCUUAAGACAGCGGGGAGUGAUUGAGGACGUUGUAAAUGAACUACGUUUUAAUGAGGUAAAAGUGAUGCAUGGUUGUAACAAUAUCCUGCCUUCUACACUUAUUCAAUAGGGGAGCAGCUCUGGUGGUACAUCUGUAGACAUGAGUCUUUUAGGGGCUCCUAUGUAAAGAGAAGGGUGUGAAGAAUCAGUGCAUGUUUGAAGGAGAGUCUUCCUGACACCAUCAAGCAAAAUAAAAUAAUAAUUUGUGUUGAUGUUGUAAUAAGACAAUACCAAAAUUAUUUUAUUCCAGUGUAGGAUCAGUGGUAGGGGGAUUCGGUGCUUGGAAAAAUAUUUUUAUGCCCCAAAAAAGUUAUUUACAAUUGAACAGUGCAAAAAUCAAUGAGUAAUAUUUGCUGAGGCUCCUACACACCUAUAGCAGUAGCUAUUCUCUGCUAAACCCUGGAGAAAUGAUCUCUUAUGGGAGAAAUAAGCAUGAUGGGUAAUUUUUUAAAUUAUAAUCUAUAUAUUUUUUAUUAAUUAUUUUAAGUUUCCAAGCAUCGAAUCCCCCUACCACUGAUCCUACACUGGAAUAAAACCAUAAACAGUUUACAAAUACUAAAUAGCACGCCACAUAGUGUUUAAAAAGUCUCCAUAAGGAAUAGCAAGUAUAGGGAUAUACAGAUUAGUCAUCUGAGAGCACAGAUUUAAAAAAACUGAUAUAUGAAGCAUCUUUAUUCCAAAUUUUAUUAUACAGAUACAAUGUCACCCUAUGCCACUGAGAUUCCAAAAGAAAGAUCCAAGGUGUUUAAGUAACCUUUCCUCAGAAAUGAAUAAAAGUAAGAGUAGACAUUGCAUUGGGUAUAGAAGUCUUUAUAUACAGGCAUUUUUAUUUUUUUCUACAUGACAAACGAAUACCUGCAAAGCUACAAAGUAAUUGUAUGAUUGUUGAGUUGAACUAGUUUUGUUGUUGACUAGACAUUGUCUUUAGUGCAUGGUGUCAUAAUUUACUGUGUUUUGUUUUAUUUUUAAUUUUUCUAUUUGCAUUUUACUAACUGUCCAUUUUGUUUUGAUUUGCACAGCUCAUGUUUUUGUUUUUUUUUACCAUUUUAGGAACACAUUUCUAGGAACUUUACCUCCACACCAAAACCAGCAACACAUUUUAUCGAUACAGAACAAAGAACACUGAAAAAAAGUAAGCAAAGUUGCAUACUUAAAGGACCACUAUAGUGCCAGGAAAACAAACUUGUUUUACUGGCACUAUAUGGUCUUUAGGUUCCCCCCCACUCUCACGGUCCCACCCCUGCUGGACUGAAGGGGUUAAACACUUACCUUUCUCCAGCGCCGGGCUCCCUCGGCGCUGGGGAAUUCCCCUCCUCCUGCCGUCAGUGCCGAAUGCGCAUGUGCAGCAAGAGCCGCGCGCGCAUUCAAACAAAUCAUAGGAAAGCAUUUCUCAAUGCUUUCCUAUAGACGUCCAGCAUCUUCUCACUGUGAUUUUCAGUGAGACAGCCACUAGAGGCUGGGUUAACCCUAGUGUAAACAUAGCAGUUUCUCUAUGUGGUCUGGGUUAACACUAGAUGGACCUGGCACCCAGACCACUUCAUUGAGCUGAAGUGGUCUGGUUGCUUAUAGUGGACCUUUAACUGAAUCUCCUCUCUUUUUCAGAGUGGCAUUAAUAAUUGCACAACUUUUUUAAAAAUGCAGUUGAUUCUAUAGCUUUUUUUUUUUUUUUUUUUUUCUUUAUUUUUGUCAUUUUUCUUUUGCAUUUGGUUUUAGGGUACAGAAUUAAGAGAGGGUAGGGGGAUACAACGUUUCCUUGUCAUAUAUACAUUGCAAGCUUAUUCAGUUUUUAAGAUUUCAUGUUUGACAGUUCGUUGUCUGUAGCUUCUUAUAUAUGCCACACUCUUUAGAAGACCACCAUAUAAAGCCAUUACCAAGUUAUAUGUAGCCAUAAAGCAGCGUUGUCCAAAAGUUGAACAUCAAGCUGUUUUAGAAGUACUUAUCUACUUUGGCAGCUUUCAUUCAUCUACCCAUUUCCUAUUCAACCUAAACACAUUUUCUCCAUGCUCCAGUUCAUCAUAUUUAUUUGAAUUACUCACUUUUAAUUUGAUUAAACUGAACUUUACAUUUAUCAUCCUUUAAUGCUCCUUUACAUUUUUGUUUCUUCUUUUUACCAUGGUAGCUAAUAUUGACCCAAUGCGGAGAUAUCUUCACCUUCAAAUCCUGGGUGGAAAAGCUUUUCUGGAGCAUCUUCAAGAACCAGAGCCUCUUCCAGGACAGGUUUGCUCCACCUUCACAAUCUGUUUGCACUUUAGGAACCAACGUUUUCGCUCCAAACCUGUACCAUGCGCCUGUGAACCAGACUUUCAAGAUGGCUUCUUGCUAGAAGUUCAUAAAGACAACCUAGGUAUGUUGUUCUUUUGUGAUAUUUAACUGACAAUUUAACUGUUUGGAGGUUUAUGAAAUAAAUCCUCUGAUUUGCUGUAUUAUUUGCCAUCUAAAUUUUAGAGAAAUCACACAAAUGAGUUUGGGCUUUAUUAUCCAUUUUCAUGCAUUAACAAUAUAAUCCUUCAGAGCACAUGAAUCUUGCUUUCUAUAGACUUUAUAAGAGGGAAUAUUUACAGGCAAAAAGUGUCAAACUGGCAAUAUUUUACAGAUUUGCUUCUUUUCUGUACAUGAUCUGAUGACAUUUUGUUACGGUGAUUAUUUCCUACUUGAUUUGGGUGUAAGCUUCAUUCUUUUUUCUGUGCAUUUUCUGAUUAAUCUGUCCUUUAUACUCAUUAACAUUUAAUACUCUCUUAGGUGAUGGGAGCCGAAUGGCAGAUGCAACAACCAUGCUGUCAAUUUGUGAUCCUGUGCAGUUGAUACUAAUCAAGUUGGACACCUCUGGUGAAACCACCUUAGUUGCAUCCCACUUUCUCGAAUGGCGCUCUGUUCUCGAAUCAGAAACUGGGGCAACAAGCCUGGCUGUGGAGCUCCUGGGAGUUGGUGAGAAUCAUUUGUUGCUGUAAUAGUAAAAGAGAUGUGAUAGUUGCACUCUGUAACAUGAAAUUACACUUUUUCCACAAGAAAAUAAGUUUCUACAAGAAACACUUUCUCCAUUUAUUUUAAUCUGUAGAUUAUCGGUGUGCGCUCACAGUUCAUAAGGAAGGCGCCUGCCUACCUGUGUAUCUCUUCCAAUGUUUGUCUUCUCUCCACUUUGCUUGUCCUUUCUAUUUCAUUGUACAAGUUUGCACACCAUAAUAUAUUUAAAAUACUCAAUAGCUCACUUUGCAGAUCAUGUUUCUUUUGCCUUAAUGAAAUCAAUACAGUCCCCUGUGCAACCUUUGUCCCUCUUCGCUGUAAAUACCUUAAUAUAACUAAAUGAAGGUGUCUAAUCUCCAUCCCUGUUUCUUAGGCCUAAUACUGAAUUUCUUCAUUAUCUCGAAGUAGUUCCCGACUAUCCGCCCGUCCACCUGUCCUCCAGCACACCCAAGGUUCCUUUAAAAUUUAUAGUAUGCUCUUCCAGCUGUUUGAAAUCUUAUACUUAAUUAUCUCCACAUCCCCUUUACAUUUUACCAGUAGUUGCAACUUGCCUUUAAUUUUCUCUCAUCACUUCCAAAUUUCCCCAUCUACCAUUUGUCUCAAAUCCCCAUUUUAACCUUUAGAUUGUAAGCUCACAGGCUAUAUAACUAAGCAGUUUGUAUAAAAGAGCUCCAAUCGCUAGAUCUCAACUCACGGAUAAGGCCAUCUUUGUCUUUUUUAUUGAUCUGUGUAUAUUGUACUCUUCCCCACCCAAUUGUACAGCGCUGCAGAAUAUGUUGGCGAUUUAUAAAUACCAGUAAUAAUAACACUGUGCAGACUGUUUUGCUCUUAUAGAUUCAGGUAUACACACAGGUAUAUGCCAAAGGCAUUAUGCUUCCCAUAGACUUGAUGACAUAUCUAUGUAAACCAAUGGAAAAAAGUAAAUAAAUAGAUUUCAGUCUAAGUAAAGCUGGUUUGGUGUUGGAUUCUGUUUUAAAUCCAUCAGUGGCCAUGACUGCCCUAAACAGAGCAGUUUAGUGUAACCGUCACUUCCUCCAUUUUGACACAUUCUAAUUGCUAAUUAGAAGUUUGCUUUAGCUUGCGCUUAAAUUAUUUAAAAAUUAAAUUUGCCUGCUUUGCCGGGAAAAGCUAGUAAAGUAUGUAAAUGACUUAAAUGGAUACUUUAAGCACCAAAACAACGUUGGCUUAAUGAAGCUAUUUUGAUUUAUAGAUCUUGCCCCUGCAGUUGUAUUGAUCCAUUUUCUGCCAUUUGUACGUUAAAUAACUUUUUUCUUUAUUUUUAUGCAUCUCUAGCCACACUCACACAGCCUGCAUAAAAAAAUGGUUUUAUUUUUAAACAGAUGUUAACUUAUUUUAGAAGUUUAUAACUCCUGGUCUGUCAUUUUACUUUAAUCACACACAUGAGGCUCCUGCUGAGUCUAGGAGGUUAUUAACAAAGCAAGAGAUAAAUGCUAAAUUAAUUUACAGUCCAGGAGGUAAAAACUUCUAAAUUAAGAUUUAACAUCUGAUUGAAAAUUAACUCAUUUUUUUCAUGUUGUCUGUGUGAGUAAAAGCCAGGUGCAGUGUAGUUAGAACUGCCUCCACAAAGUGGUUAAACUUCUAAAUGGCAGGGAAAUUGAGCAGUGAGACUGCAGGGUGAUGAUCUAUACUAUACACUAAAACUGCUCUAUUAAAGGUACACUAUUGGCACAAAAAUAACUUUAGCUUAAUGAAACAGUUCUAGUGUAAAGAUCAUGUCCCUGAAGGCGCACUGCUCAAUUCUCUGCCAUCAAGGAGCUACAUCACUUUGAUUAUGCAGCCCUAAUCACACCUCCCUGCAUGUGUCUCAAACAGCUUUCCUAAACGCUUCCUGUAAAGAAUGUUUAAUUUAGAAUUUCUUAUCUCCUGCUCUGUUAAUAGCAUUCUAGUCCCUGCAGAAUCCUCCUGUGUUUGAGUAAAUUUCAAAUUACAGAGCAGGUGAUAAAAUAACAUAUAAAAGCAAAUUAACAUCUGACUGAAAAGUAACUUUUUGUUUGUUUUUUUUCAUGCAGGUUGUGCGAAAUCACAACCAGAAUAAACAGAAACAAACAUUAUUUAAGUCCUAAAUGGCAGAGAAUUGAGCAUUAAUACGGUAGGGGUAUGAUCUAUACACCCAAAUUGCUUUAUAAAGCUUAAUAUGUUUUGGUGCCUGUUAGGUUCCUUUAAGCUAAAAUUGUUUUGGUGCUAGGUGUCCCUUUAACUUGAAGUGUGUACAUACUGCACUGCUGGAGAAAAUGCAAUGGGCACAUGCUGACAUACAGCAUUUUCUUUGAGCCCUCCAGAAGCAUCAAUAACUCUCAAAUUAACUUCCGUUAAUGCUGCGCUAACACAUUUUACAGCUAUAUAUUCCUUUUAAUUAAGUUGUUGCAUUUAUUUUAAAGGCAUUUCAUUUCAGUAAAAUCUAAUAAGUCUUCUUUGUGGAUUUUUUAAUUAUUUGUAAAAUGUAUGUAAUACUAAAUGGGGUGUUGAGUGUUUUCCAGUUUCCUUCUCCUGGUGAUGACUCGGUCUGUGUAUAGGUUUUUUUUAUUUGGCUUUUGUAUUUGAAUCCAAAAACUCUAUAGCCCUCUUGCUAAAAAAUGUUUUUGGUUCCUAGGAGCCGAAUGCAAAGUUUCCGUUGGCAUUUUGAAUGUGAAACUUGAGCUGUAUCCGCCAUUAAGCAAGAUUCUAUCUCAGGAAAUCGUUAAAACUCAGGUAAAGGGCCUUUGUUCGUCUUCCAAUUGCAAGUUGACUUAUUCCACAGAAACUGAUUUCCUUGAAAGAACACUGUAAGCAAGCACUAUCACCACUACAGCUUUUUGUACUGCGAAUGAUGCUUGAAGAGUUAGACACUGGCUUUAGUGUUUUUAUUAAUCUAUUUUUAAGCAGUUUGACAAACAACAGAAGAAUCCACGGCACCCUAAGGAUUCCCAUUCUCUGCAGAAAGGCACAGGAAGAGGCUCUGUGCCCUAUAUUAUUGGAGAACCUGAUUAGGUUCUUGGACUGCCCUUUCUGAAAUACUAAAAUUCCGCAACUAACAGGCAGUACCUUCAUUGCCUCUAAUCAAGACGAUAUCUGAAUCACACACUUGUUUCUAGUUUAUAGGCUUUCUCUUUGAAUUUAAAUAAUGUUACUAUUUAAAAUUGAAUUUUAAAGAACAUUCAUGCAUGUCUGCACUUUGUUCCUGCAUCCAAAUUUGCAGAGCGAAUGACUUUUCAUUUUGUACCCCUUUGGCAGCUUUCCAUAGAACGUCAGAAAACAGCAGAGAAGGAGAGGCUAUUUCUGGUCUAUGCUAAACAGUGGUGGAGAGAAUACUUACAAAUUCGACCUUCACAUAACACAAGGCUUGUGAAGAUAUUUGCACAGGUUGGCAUUUGUAGCAUUGAAUUCAGAAAAUAGCUUUGCUAAUAUGAAUUAUCUACAUAAUCUAUAUUAAAUUUGGAUUUUAAAAUUUAAAGGGAUACACUAAAACAAGUUUAGCCUAAUGAUGCAGUUAUGGUGCACACUGCUCAAUUCUCAGCUGUUUAGGAGUUAAGUCUGUUUAUGCAGGGCAGAGCCUGACUGCCGUGUUGAUCAGUCGCACAUCCCGAAAGCUCCGGGGAAUAAAAAUAAAAAACUUGUCUAAAUCGACAACUAUCAGUCCACAGUUGCAGACUUCAGGCAACCAACGCUGGUUGGUAACCGGGUGGACCCCUCAGUGGCUGUUCGAGCUGUUCCUCUGGCCAAAUUCUUCGGACCUCGUUGGGGACUGACCUGCGGCCUAGCAGGGGCCUACUCACGGAUGAGGGCAGGGAAGCGGCGGAUCCCUCUACCAUAUGGCAACAAGACAGCUCGGGGUCUCCCCACUCUUUUCCCCCCCUAACAGUGAGGGAUAUCCAGGUAAUCAUUACCUGUGCUGUGGUGACAACCUUCCAGCAGUACCCUCUAGGCUGCAGCCCACCUGCCUCCUAUGCCAUGUGUGAACUCACACCACAAGACCUGAAGCCCUCAAUCCUGGACAAAAUAGACAGACUGUUUGCAGACUGUUGGUCUAUGCUCGCCUGUCACAUGGAAGCUCCGGUGGAGAUUCAGAAAGCACCUACCCUGCCUCAGUCAACUCAGCAAAGUGCACCUCUUCCUCAUGAUGGCGGUACCCGCAAGAUGGCUCUUAACUCGACUACAUCAAUGCGACGUAAGCCACGGAAACCGCACUACCAGCUGAGGUAGCAAGUUGUGGACCGACGUCCUGCCUGCUGCUGCCAUGGAGUGCUGAGUUCCUCUAUACAAGUGACUGUACUAAGCUACAUGAAAAGACCACCACAGUCACCUCUGAGUCACCCCUCAUGCUUUCUGUGGCCGGGCAUCUCCUCACCAAGCGUGCGUUUAGCUCCCUGGCAAGUCACUUCUAUGCUGGACAGUUAUGUAUACCCUGUGGGCAUAGGCUAAAAGGGGUUAAUUGGAUGAUGGACAUGUAGUCCCGGGGUCCUGUCUCUACAUUUUACACCUCAUGGGACAUUGUCACCGCAGGCAGAAACCUAUGCCUCUGAUACUCACCUCCUGCAUGUGUCCAGUCCAUAUUUUAGUUUAAUUAACAUUUACAAGCUUUAUACCAUGCUAUAUGAUUCCUUCUUUAUUGAAUUCUAAGCAACUUACUUCUUCUUGCAACCUAUACUUUAAACAUAGUGCAGUAACCUUGACAUUGCUAAUUCUCUCUAACACUCCAUACUGUUGAAAUAUGACAUGUAUAUCUGUGAUGUUGAACAUGCACUGGAAAAAUACAGAAUUUAAAAAAAAAAAAGGCUGUUUAUGCAGCUGUAGCCAAACGUCCUCUAACUGUGACAUUAUAAAAUUAUAUUAGUGGUAAAAUGUUUUUUAAAAAAUUGUGCGAUGCCACAUUUGAUGAUUGCUUACCUGUCUGUGGUUAUAAUAGGAGGUUGACUGAAUAAUUACCCAAAAUGCUAUAUGUCAUAUUAUAUAAUAGGUUGCUUUGUUUCUCCUAGGAUGAGAAUUGGAUAAACCGUCCAGUGUGUUCCUAUGUUCGUCCUCUCAGAGCAGGGCGGCUCCUGGACACUCCACGGCAAGCGGCACGAUUUGUCAGUGUCCUGGGUUUUGAGAAGGCUCCGGUUGUUGGGGGUGGUGGCAAACAAGAACAGUGGUGCACCCUGUUGGCUUUUCUUUGCCGAAAUAAGGUAUAAACAUUAUAAUUCCUAAAUUGUAUGUGUAACAUUUUUUGUAUGCCAUUCCCUAGCUUUCUGUCAGUGUUUUCUAGUAGGUUGACAAAAACAUGGGCUCUUCUCAACAACCAAACCCCAGCCCGGCAGUACUGAUCAAAAGCUGCUUAAAUUUAAAUGGAAUUCAUAAACUGCGAGUGGUAAGUGCUUGCAGCCUGUGAUUACAGUUUAAGGUUCGAUGUCUUAGGACAGACAAUGAGCCAGUGUUACUUCUGCAUUAUCUGAACAGCAUUAAAGGGGACAAGGAUAGCCAGAUUUCUGUCGAACCGCUCUAAAAUGGUUUCACAGAAUACCACAGAAAUAUACACAAAGUCUUGUUGCACUAUUACCACUUCAAUGAACUAUAAUAUUUAGGGUGUGCAACCUAUCUCUUAAAUUGUCUUUCAUUACCUAAUGGUGAUGUCUACUCUUUAACACGGGGCAAGGAUCUAUACUGUGAAAAAACCCAACUUCUGUAUAUUACGUAAAUAAAUCUAUGUAUGUAUACCAACUCACUUGCUGCUGUUCUAACUGUAUUUCUGGUACCUGUUAAAACCCCAGCUAAAUAUGUGCUAGCUUGCUAAUCAUUUUUAUUUAAUAUAUAUAUAUAUAUAUAUAUAUAUUUCAUAAUCCUGUAACUCACGUGGUGAUAAGUUGAUUGUGGACUGUAUCUAGUGCAUAGAAUGUGUGUAUGUUAAUGAAUGCUUAGUCCACCCCUAACAAUACAAUCAUGUUGGUUCCUAAAAUUAAUUUGUUCAAGGGAUAAUAGAGAGCUAAAUCUUCUACUGAAUGCACUCGCAAAUUAUUAAAAGUCCACCCAACCUCCAUACUUUUGGAAGAGCUGGAGUGAAUCACUUCCCAGGGGUCCAAUUGGGGCUUGUGCAAUCUUCGUGCCCUUUCAGCACUGCUCCCUGCACACAAUUUAGUGAUGUCAGCAUCACCGCAGGUUGCGCAAGGGAGCAGUGCUGGAAAAUCAUGAAGAUUACAGCUCCCUCACCGCCUCUAUUCUCCCUUCGACACUGUAAUUGGGCAGAGUAGACACCUGCCGUCCAGAUAAGCGGGUGUCGUAGCUCACAGCCAGUCGCCACCUUGGGUUGCUAAGAUGGCCAGCUCUUGAUGUACUACCUGCUGUUAGUGCACGUACCCUUUGGGGAACUCCUAUCACUAGUUGAGAAACAAGGAUAUAUCGCAUAUCACGCAUGGGGGAAGAAUCAAACUUAAAGAAUCUGGACAACAUUACCAUGCAGUAAAAAUAUAUAUUAAUCUCAACCGAAUCAUAGCCUUUCUAAAUAGCUAACUGGAGCUUGUCCCAGGCCGUAAAGCAACAAUUGCAUAAAGGCUGAAGUUGGCUGUGCUAGGGUAGAUUAUAAGGUCUAAAAAAACAGAAGACUGAGUCACUAAUAGAGGUGUAUAGGUGAAAAAGGAGCUAUUAUGGUGAACCUCACAACACCACUAAACCAAAAAAACAAAAACAAGUACUUGUACACAGUAUAAGGGGAACAGCUCACUGCAAGAGUUAGGUGGAACAGCAAACAGUAGCCCAACAAAAGAUACAGGGAAGAAAAUGAACAAUAAAAUCAAAUAAAAGUCCCACAAAUAGUAUCCAACGCGUUUCGUCCAGGUUGUGGACUUUCUCGGGGAUCUGGGACAUUGUCCAAGUUCUUCAUUUAUAUAUGCUUCUUAAUUUCAGACCUUCCAAUCAGCUGGCGUUCGCCUGCGUUCCACUGUGGAACGCAAUUUACUUCCUGUGUAUUGACGUCACUUUCGGCUCUGUCCACCGGGUAUAUUAAAUAAGAAAAGCGCAUGCGUGCGUGCAGAUAUCAUCAUGCACUCGCGCCUAUAAUAAGAAUCUUGAAAAACGGCAACAUUGGUAUUAAAACAGCAACAUGAACAUAAGAAAAAAAAAAACAUACUUAAAUAUACCAGAAUAGAGUCUCCAAUACACUUAUAACAAAUACAAGCAUUAUGCAUGGAUUGUAAAUGGGUAUGGGAAUCCCGGAGGAUAAAGCCAAAAUAUAUAUGUAUCUAUAUAUAGAAAAAAAGUAUGAAAAUACAUAAAAAAUGGAAACUAAAUAAAAUAAAAUGAAAUAAGAAUGAAUACAAAUAAACAUAAAGAUAAAAAUACAUGCAAAUAAUAAUAAUAAUAAAAAAAUUAAAUAAAAAAUAAUAAUGAAUAAAAAAUAGAAAAAUAUGUAUAUAUAAAAAUUACAAUAUGUAAUAUAAAAAAGAAGAAAAAGCCCCAGAAGAUGUCCGUUGACAAUCCAUCCAUAUGUAAUGUUAUAAUAAGCAAAAUUAGAUAGAUAAAAAUUAAGAAUUAAAUUAGCCCAGCCAAAUCCAUAUCUAUAUUAAGACCUGACUUAAGGGUUUUUAAAAUUAAAAAUCCACUGGGCUUCUUUUUUGGCCUCUCCGAAAGACCUAUUUCCUCCUCUCCAAUUUAUUGGCAUCUGAUCUAUUCCUAUGGCUAUAAAAUUAUGCCACUCAAAAAAUGGACAUGUAUUACAGUGUCUGGGGACACUGAUCAGUCUUCCUUUUUCGUAUAUUAUUGAAAUGUUCUCGUAUUCUUACGUGUAACUUGCGUGUUGUUCUACCCACAUAUUGGACCCCACAGCCACAUUGUAGCAUGUAAAUCACGUAAGAAGACAAACAUUGUAUAAACUUUUUAAUUUUGUAUUCCUUCUGAGUGUAAGUACCAAUAAAAUUCUUUGUAACACUCUUUUGAUGUACACAUGUUGAGCAGUUACCACAACUAUAGAACCCCUCUCUGCUUUUCAUAUUUGACAUUCUUGUUCUUUGGUUCUUAUUUUUACCAUCUGGAAGCAAACUUGGAGCUAAUUUUAUUUUUGAGGUGAUCUGCUUUUUUAAAUAUCAUAACCGGACGGUCAGGGAUGAUCUUACCUAAGAUGUUGUCAUUUUGGAGGAUAUGCCAGUGUUUUUUUUUUUAGCACCUUUUCAAUCUUUUUUGCAUGGACACUAUAUUGGCUUACAAAAGCAUAUUCAAACUUAUUUUGCCUAACUCGUUUUCUGUUUUUAUUUUUAUUCUUAUUUUUAUUAUCUGUAAGAAGUUCCGAUCUAUCUAAAUUCCUUACCGCUAUUUCAUCUCUCUCCAUUCUUUUGUAAUUAUACCACUUAUUAAUAUACCUAGCUUUUAUUAACUUGGAUUGUUCAUCAAACAUUCUUAGGUCAGAACAAUUUCUCCUGACUCUUGUCAUUUGUCCCUUAGGAACAUUAUCUAGCCAUAAGGGAUGAUGUAAACUCUUACUGUUAAUGGCAGUAUUGCAAUCAGUUGGCCCUUAAGGACACAUGAAGUUUGGUCCUUAAGGGGUUAAAGAAGGUUUUUGAAUGUAAUUGACCUUUUUCCACAUACAAGGUUAGAUCAUGGAAAUUGAUCUGUGUUGCAUGUAUGGAAGAGGUAAAAUGGAGAUUAUAAUCAUUAUGGUUAAUGUACUUAAUGAAGGCGGGCAAACUUUCAGAUGAUCCCUCCCACACUAUCAAAACAUCAUCUAUGUAGCAUCACCAUAGGACGAGACCGCCCCCCGAGACAAGGGCCCAGAUGGAUACAUAAUGACUCCCAAUGGGAAACAUAUAAGUUGGCAAAACUUGGGGGAAAUCUCGUCCCCAUGGCUACGCCACACAGCUGUACAUAAAAAAUGUAAUCAAACCAGAAAAAAAUCCUGGUAAGAACAAAAUCAAUGCAUUUAACCAAAAAGUCAACUUGUAUAUCACAUAAAUCACUUUGUGGUUCCGAAAUCUCCCUAAUAGCUGUAAGGCCCUUCAGAUGAGGUAUAUUAGAAUAAAGGGAUGUCAUAUCCACUGUAGCUAGAAGAUAGGAAGAUUUCCAUUCUAAUGUUUGUAUAAUCUGUAAAAUAUGUUUGGUGUCUUAUAUGUCAGGGGGUUAGAGCAACCAGUGGCUGAAGAGAAGAAUCAACGUAAGCUGAAAGGUUACACGAUAAAGAAUCUAUGCCACUAAUAAUUUUAUGUCCUGGAGGGAUUAGUAGAUUCUUAUGAAUCCUAGGCAAGAAGUAAAAUAUAGCAGUUUUGCAGAAAGGGUUAAAGAUGAAAUUAAAUUCUGUUAUUGAUAAAAUAUUCUGAUCUAAAACUAUUUGUAAUAGACUCCUCAAUUUAUUUAGCUCUUGGUAGGGUCCUCUUUGAAGACUUUAUAGGUAUUGGAAUCAUCCAGGAUAUUGCGGGCCUUCUUCAUGUAAUAAUCCUUCCCCAUAAUCACUGUACUGCCUCCUUUAUUACAAGACCAUAAUUUUCCAUUAGACUUUUUAUUGCCUUUUGUUCUCCUUUCGUUACAUUUGAUUUUGGAAAACAUGUAGGGAUCUUUUCUAAAUCAGCUUGCACCAAUUCAUUAAAAACUUCCCAAAAAUUGACCUCUCUCAUGAUAGGGAUAGAAGUUAGAUUUAUUUUAUUAUCAUGCAUGUACAAAAAAAAAAUGUAUAAGGUCGUUGCUCAAUUUGAUAAAUGUUGUGAAAUUAUAUUGAAAUAGAAACUAACAUAGUAGAAGGUCAUUAUCAACAUAUUUUUGUUUUCAUAUUUCUGUUGUCAAGGGGGACUGCGAGGAUCAUUGUAACCUUCUGUGCAGCCUGCUGCUUGGGUUUGGGUUGGAUGCUUAUGUCUGCGUCGGGACAAAAGGAAAGGGAGUGGCUCACACUUGGGUGAUGACAUAUGGGACGGAUGGCACGGUCACAUUCUGGGAGAGCUUGAAUGGACACAGGUUGGUACAUUGAAGUUUAUUUCUGCCAAAACACAUAAGGCACUUUUGUCAAGUGUGUGUAUAUGUUUUUUGUGUUUGGUUUUUUUGGGGGUUUUUUCGGGGUGAACUACCUGAUGGUUACUAUUGACAAACUUUCGGUUGAUCAUCAUUUAAAAUGUUGUUAAUUCUUGCACAUCUUGAUCCUGCAGAUAUUUGCAUAAACCAAUUAAUCCCGAUGCCCCACCAAUGGUUGAACAGCCCAAGUGUGAGUACCCAUACCGCUCGAUUGGCUGCAUCUUUAAUCACCAGUGUUUCCUGGCCAACUGCCAGCCAUCGGAUUCUGUUGAACUAUGUGUUUUUGAUCUGAGCGAUGAGUCCAGAUGGAAGCCUAUGAGUGAGGAAGCCAUUAAAUCUGUGUGCUCCCCAGGAUCUACCACUUCCCUUCCUCCAUUCCCCCCGCUCUGCAGUUCAGUGGUUGAUGCUGCAGCAGAAAGUAAUGACCUUGAGUUACAACUGAGAUUCCUUGUGUCGGAGUACAGGAAGGUAAGGUUCAUAGACUAAUACUACUUUGUCAUUAUUCAAUUUAGUUUAGAUAAAAUAAGUGCACCUCAGGGAAACUCAAAGCUACAAAAACAAUAAAAUUAUUCACAAAAAUAAAUUAUUACAACUUAAAUUCCUCCCCAUAAUAAACUGUGUUUUAGCAUAAAAAGAACAUUUGAAAAGACCAACAUUUAUGAUGUUGCUCCUUUAAGAGGGAAUUGAUUGUGAAAAGUUAUUCUAAUCUGAUCUCAAAUAAUAAUGUAUAGAUUGAUCCCUAUAGAGAAUCAAUAAGUCGUGUUGGGGAGCUUGCAAGGGCAUAACCCAUAGAGCAUUGGAGAAUAAUAACUAAUUCCAAAGGACCCCUACUAAAAGAGGAAAAUGGAAAUGAGCAAGUCCCUACAAAAAUGAUAUGGCAAGUUUAUUCAAAAUUGGACAAAAAAAUGUAUUGAAAUCAGAAGUAUUCAAGGACUCAAAUAAUCAGUAAAGAAUUAUAAUAAACCCAUUACCUAACAAAACAAUAUAUAUAUAUAUAUAUAUAUAUAUAUAUAUAUACACACACAUACAUACAUACAUACAUACAUACAUACAUACAUACAUACACACACACACAUAUGGAGUAUUCUAAUUAAAUCUCAGUCUAUGGAGUGAAUAUAGGGAGGACAUAUGUUUAUAAUCACACAAAGUACUCCAACAUUCCAUGACUGGCUCAGAAGAGUAGAAGAGAUCUGCCAACUGGAAUAGGGGGUUGUCGCAACUAAAGGAAGACUGAAGAAGCAUGUGGAGAGCUGGAGAACCUGGAUUUACCACUUGGGUACAGACAACACAUAAAGCACAAUGUGUUGUGCCCGUAAAGGCGACAGGAGACUGCGGGGCCAUGGGGGCUCCGAGGAGGCUGGACGGGAGCACUAAUUCAGGACAACUAUUCUGCUAUAUUUUCACUCUCCCUCUCAAGGUGGUUCCUCACAAGAGCCCACUUACCAGGCUGCACAGGUUGGUAACUCGCAGAGGGUGCAGGUAGCUGUGGUUUACGCUACGACCGCCGGGCCCUAGGCCCUGGCAUCAAUGUGACCCAACAGUGAACCAGGUAAUGGUCACGGGGCAGAGAACUGGCGAACGUGAAUAGGGUGGAUGUUCCCAUGCACGGGACUAGGAUUUUAGCAGUAUACAUGGAGAUUCCGUGCACAAGGGCAGUUACACAAACUGAGUGACAAACCAAGCAUAAACAAUGCCCUUGAGCACGUAAGAUGAUACCUGUAGACCUGAACCUCUCCUUGCAAACCCACAUUUAGUACCACAGGGGAGUAGUAAUACUUGUGGUAAGGGGGGAACGACCUACUUCUGUAACUAAUUCCCACCUGUAUGCUAGGACUGUAUGUAGUAAUACAUUGAGAAACUUUCAAUGAAAAACUGAGAUUGUCAAAAGGAUAGGGAGGAGGGAGAAAGAGGGAAUAGAAAAGAAAAAGCGGCACUCUAACCACUCCGUUACCUACAUUAUACAAUUGUACAUGUAUCCUUAGGUACAGGGAUUGCAGAAUCAAGGUAUGAUUUAUGUUAUUUUUUUGUAAACGUUGGUCCUUUGUCUAACUACUUUCCAAAAAAAAAGUUAAAUAAAUAUUGUCCAAAAAAAAAAAUAAUCGCACAAAGGUACAUGACCCAGCAAUAUAAACCACAAUUGAUCCUUAGAAAAAUAACAAAAACAACGGUUUCACAAAAUGCUACUUAAUUAAUCUAGAUACUCAGUGGUAGUCAAAAUAUUAAUCUGUCUUGAUAUAAUGAUACUUGAGGUAACUAUGUAUCAAUUGAGGGUCUGUAACACUAACAGUAGUAGUGAUUAGGUAUAAUACAUAUGACUACAUAAACCCAGGAGAUUUGGGGGAAAAGGUAAAACAAACCAAACACACAACUAUAAAAAAUAAAUAAGUGAAUGGCGCUUACACAAUACAAAAACACAAAAGUGGUGGUGGAAAAAGUGUUCCCCAACACCUUAAAUACAAAGUAUGCAAUAGAAGAUAUAUGGACACUGAAUACACAAAUGCCACAAAAAUCCACACACCACUCUCUUAAUCCCAAAAAAGUGAAUGUAUACAGUACUUGUAAAUACAGGGAUAUAUACUGGUAGUGUUCCAUGUACUUGGACCCUAUAAUCACAUAAAACAGUACAUAGUGUAAACUGUAUAUGGAAAUGACAAUAAUGAAAAUAUAAUGGAUCCACUCACGAAUUUUAGAGCCGUGCCAGGCUCUAUGUUGAAUGCCCAAGGGUGCCUGUACAGGCUAGGUGCAGAGUCUUCACAAUACCCCUCAAAGGCAGGAGAGACAGCAAGGAUGGUAUAAAAAAUGGAUAAAUUUAUUGCAAAUAAAAAUUAUAAAAACAACUAAACAAGUUGUAUAAAAAAGUGCAAAAGCAAUAUAAUGUAUGCAGACGCGUUUCAACUCGAUCAGAGUCUUCCUCAGUGCAUAAGAAAGUCCAUCCAGCUGGUUCUCUUUAAGUGUACCGCUCGUCUGGCUGCCGGUCACAAGCCGAACUUCCGCCCAUGUGACCGGCAGCCAGACGAGCGGUACACUUAAAGAGAACCAGCUGGAUGGACUUUCUUAUGCACUGAGGAAGACUCUGAUCGAGUUGAAACGCGUCUGCAUACAUUAUAUUGCUUUUGCACUUUUUUAUACAACUUGUUUAGUUGUUUUUAUAAUUUUUAUUUGCAAUAAAUUUAUCCAUUUUUUAUACCAUCCUUGCUGUCUCUCCUGCCUUUGAGGGGUAUUGUGAAGACUCUGCACCUAGCCUGUACAGGCACCCUUGGGCAUUCAACAUAGAGCCUGGCACGGCUCUAAAAUUCGUGAGUGGAUCCAUUAUAUUUUCAUUAUUGUCAUUUCCAUAUACAGUUUACACCAUGGGUCGUCAACCUGGUCCCUACCGCCCACUAGUGGGCGUUUUGGGAUUCCAGGUGGGCGGUAGGGACUUUGGAGGUUAAAACCUCCUUUUGAGCGAGCGCGCGAGCGGGCGGGCGCGCGAGCGGGCGCGCGAGCGAGCGCACACAUCAAGAAACCAACGCGAGCGAGUGGGCGGGCGGUGCAGGCGGGCGCGAGCGCACACAUCAGUCAACCUCCUUUUGUGUGAGAAGUUGUCGGGCGGGAGCGAGCGCACGCAAACACGUGGGAAGAGGAAGGGGAGGAGUUGAAACUGAUAGCAGGGACAGGCAGAAGCAGGCUGAAACGGAGCAGAGGAGUUGAAAAAGAAAAGUUAUAGGCAGGAGAAAGAGAAUUGUUUAGGGGAGGAGUGGAAACUGAUAGCAGGGACAGGCAGAAGCAGGCUGAAACAGAGCAGAGGAGUUGAAAAAGAAAAGUUAUAGGCAGGAGAAAGAGAAUUGUUUAGGGGAGGAGUGGAAACUGAUAGCAGGGACAGGCAGAAGCAGGCUGAAACGGAGCAGAGGAGUUGAAAAAGAAAAGUUAUAGGCAGGAGAAAGAGAAUUGUUUAGGGGAGGAGUGGAAACUGAUAGCAGGGACAGGCAGAAGCAGGCUGAAACGGAGCAGAGGAGUUGAAAAAGAAAAGUUAUAGGCAGGAGAAAGAGAAUUGUUUAGGGGAGGAGUGGAAACUGAUAGCAGGGACAGGCAGAAGCAGGCUGAAACAGAGCAGAGGAGUUGAAAAAGAAAAGUUAUAGGCAGGAGAAAGAGAAUUGUUUAGGGGAGGAGUGGAAACUGAUAGCAGGGACAGGCAGAAGCAGGCUGAAACGGAGCAGAGGAGUUGAAAAAGAAAAGUUAAGGGCAAAGAGAGAAAGAGAAUUGUUGGCUAAUAAUAAUAAGUGGGCUAACUAGCUCAGCCUUACUUUUGUCGCUCAGGAAGGUAAAAGAAAGGAGAUAAAAAGGAAAAGAUAAAAAAAAGGAAGAAAAAUAGAAAAAAGGGGAUAAAAUAAAGGAGGAGAGUAAGCAGUGUUUAGUCUGGCUCAUAAAUUAAGUUUUGUUAUCUUAUAAAAUAAAAGAAAAAAAUAAGUAAGGGAAGGAGAAAAUAAAAAAAAGGAAAAAGAGAUCCUUAAUAUAGUGAUAUACUAUAAGGAAGGUAAAGAAGCAGGCAGGAAAAGGAAUUUCUUUUGAUGGUGACAUUAAUAAAAAUUGGCACCUAAUACAGCAUUGUUUUUGGUGUUAGUAAUAAAAGGGAAAAGAGGAGGGAAAAAAGCACUGUGUGGAGUGCAGAUCAAAACGUAAGAGUAAAAGUAGUUGUUAAAUUGUGAAACAAAUUUAGAACCCAUGUCUGAAAAAAAGAAAUACGCUCGUGGCUAUUUACCAGAGUAUCUGAAGAUGGGUUUCAUUGAAUCUGUUACAAAUAAACAGCUUCCAAUGUGUUUACUGUGCCACAAGACAUUAUCUAAUGAAGCAAUGAAGCCAAGUCGAUUGCGAGAACAUCUUACUACAAAGCAUUCGCAAGAUAAAGAUAAGCCCAUUGAAUAUUUUCAAGAAAUCUAUAAAAGAUUUCAAAAUCGUUCAACAAUAGCUACAUCCUUUCAAAAACAACAUGCAAAGAAUGAGGAUGGAUUAACUGCAGCUUAUCGUAUAUCACACUUAAUUGCAAAAAGUGGUAAAAGCCAUAAUAUUGGAGAAACUUUGAUAAUACCCUCUAUCAAAGAAUUUAUCUCAACAGUAAUGCAUCAGGAUAUACCUGAAGUUUUAAAAACAUUGCCCCUUAGCGAUAACACAGUAAAGAGACGCAUUGAUGAAAUGGCGGCUAAUGUUGAAAAUAAACUUAUAGGUAUUCUCCAAAAUUCGUCAUUUUCUAUACAAUUGGAUGAGUCUGUCAUUGCAGAUAAUAAUGCUCUACUGAUGACAUAUGUACGGUACCUUGAUGAAAACAAUACAUUGCAAGAAGAAAUGCUAUUCACUGUCAAUCUGAUUACAGAUACAAAAGGAUUAUCAAUAUUUAAUGCUGUGAAAUCAUACUUUGCAAAAAACAAUAUACCCUUGAACAAUAUUGUUGCAUGUGCUACUGACGGAGCACCAUCAAUGGUAGGCCGCUAUCGUGGGUUUGUUGCUUACUUGAAGGAAGAAGUGCCAAGCGUUUUGUGUAUUCAUUGUGUUGUACACAGACAACAUAUUGUAGGAAAACAUUUAAGUACAAGUCUCCAUUCAUCAUUAAGUAUUAUAAUUAAAGCUGUAAAUAAGAUAAAAUCUAAUGCCAAGUGUGAUAGAAUGUUUCGACAGCUGUGCCAGGACAAUAACGAGCAGUUUAUUAGGUUACUUUUACAUACAGAAGUUCGAUGGCUCUCAAAGGGUACAUGCUUGACUCGUUUUGUUGCAUUAUUUGAUAGUGUCGUACAGUUUUUUGAAAGUGAUAAUGAGACUGGUCUCUAUGAACAGUUAAAAAACGUAAAGAAUGAUGCCUUUUAUUUGGCAGACAUUUUCAAGAGAUUUAAUGACAUUAAUUUGCAGCUUCAAGGAGCCAAUAUAACUCUUAUAAGUUGCAAAAAUAUUGUGUCAUUAUUUAUCGAAAAGCUUGAUCUUCUCCGUCAUAAUAUUUUCAAGAGAGAAUUUCAUCAGUUUCCUGAAUUGUCCUCUAUAAACAAUGAUGUAAGUCCGGGGGAUAUUGAAAGGUUCAGUAGUCACCUCAAGGAACUCAAAUUGGAUAUGGAAAAACGAUUUCAAGAUAUUUUGAACUUAAAGGUGCAUGACUGGAUGAUAAAUCCUUUUACAGCAAAUGUUGCUGAAGUUGAUAUAACUUGCCAAGAAGAACUAUUAGAACUUAAAUAUGACGAAGAGAGUAAAUGUAAUUUUGGCAGUGGUGGAUACCAAAAACUCUGGCAAAAUAAAAAAAUGCCUGCGUUAUAUCCAAAUAUGUGGAAAAUGAUGUUCAAUUUAUUGAUACCUUUCCCUACCACAUAUCUUGUAGAAUCAGGCUUUAGUGCUGUUAAUCAUAUUAUGAGCAAACAGAGAAACCGUCUGAAUAUCACCGAAAGAGGAGACCUUCGUUUGUUCCUUACGAAAAUCGAACCAGAUAUCAAAUAUUUAGUCUCGCAGCAUCAGCCUCAAGGAUCUCACUAGUAAAGCUAAUUUCAAUUUACUUUAUUGUUUUCUAAUUAAACUUUAUAAAGUUAAAAACAUUAUAAACAUGCAUAAAGUAGAAAUAAAAAGAUAAGUGUACGUACAUUUAUUUAUUUUUUUUAAAACAACCUCCUUUCUAAAAAAUAUUCCGCGCUUGCGCGAAAACUGGUGGGCGGUAAGGAAAUUUUUCCAUCAAGAAAGAUGCAUUAGUGGGCGGUAGGUAGAAAAAGGUUGACUACCACUGGUUUACACUAUGUACUGUUUUAUGUGAUUAUAGGGUCCAAGUACACGGAACACUACCAGUAUAUAUCCCUGUAUUUACAAGUACUGUAUACAUUCACUUUUUUGGGAUUAAGAGAGUGGUGUGUGGAUUUUUGUGGCAUUUGUGUAUUCAGUGUCCAUAUAUCUUCUAUUGCAAACACACAACUAUGUAAUGAAAAAACGAACAUUUAUUUGCAAAGGAUAACUUAUACCUAAUGCUAAAAGGAUAUAUUGCAAAGCAUAUAGCCUCCUAAUACCACAGGCUGGAUCUCCGAUAUAGGAGAUCCAGAGUGCUACCACGACUUAACCACGUAUUUACAUUGCAUUGCUCAAGGCUCUCCUAUCAAUGGUUAAAAAAAAAGAGUCAAAUGUAGCUUUGCAAUUACACAUUCCAAAAUAUCAGAUUAUAGCUAGAGACUACUACAGACAAAUCACCACUCACAUACCAUGAAAAGUUAAAAACAUCUAAGCUACCCAAGUAUCUAGCUCUUACCACCCUCCUGCCUCCCUCCGUGCAAUAUUGGGGUGAAAAAACAAACAAACUUCAUUAUGAGAAGCCUGUAGCUGGAUCUCGUCUGGCCCCAGUGAUGUCAGGAGGGGGCAUGGAAGAGCAGUGCAGGGAAGUUCGGGAAUACAUUUUUUUUAUUUUUUUUACAGAUUUUACAACAAAUUGAGAGGGGUGACUUUCUCCACAGUGCCCAAAAGGGCAUAUUACAAUGGAAAAGCCCCCCUUUUUAUUUGGCUGCCUGCAUGGAUGAACAUUUAAAGGAAUACUAUAGGCACCAAAACAACUUUAGCUUUAUGAAGCAGUUUUAGUGAACAGGUCAUGCCAUUGAAGUCUCACUGCUCAAUUCUCUGCCAUUUAGGAGUUAAAUCACUUUUGUUUCUGUUUAUGCAGGCCUUGCCACACCUCCCCUGGCUGUGUCUCUAACAGCCACAAAUGAAAAAAAGAGUUAAUCGUAUGUUAAACUUUCUUUAGACGUUCUUAUAUCCAGUUCUGUAAAUUGAAUUUUAAUCACACACAAGACUCUUGCAGGCUAUUGUAGACCAUGCACAAGAUUAGAUUUUUUUAAUUAAACAGAAUGUGCAGUAAAUGAUGUUUAGACAUUUGAUCUCUCUUAACAGGAAGUGUUUAGGAAGGCUGUGUAAGUCACAUGCAGGAAGGUUUGAGUAGGGCUGUGUAAACAAAGUGAUUUAACUCCUAAUUGGCAGAAAAUUGAGCAGUUGGACUGCAGGGGCAUGAUCUAUACACCAAACCUGCUGUAUUAAGCUAAAGGUGUUUUGAUGCUUAUAGUGUCCUUGUAAGGUAAUUCACAAAAUCUGAAAGGGUCAGGCUUGUACCAGGAAAUUUAAAAAUAACUGGGCCAGAAUAGCAAGCAUGGAUGUAUUCUGCAACAGUUCCAGCAUCUAUAUUUUGCUAUAGAAAAUUUCCAAUUCGUUUGACAAUUUCUGGUUUAGUGACUUACCUUGUUUUCAAUUGGAGUUGGAUCCUCAUUUUAAACUAUUUUGCUAGCUACAUGCAUCAUUGAAGUCUGACAGGUUACUUUCAGUAGUAGUCUAAUUCAAAUUUUUUUCUCCCAAAAUGCUAGUAAAUUUUUAUCUCACAGACUGGGACCGUACGAGGCUUGUCACAAUAACCUACAAUUGUCAUGAUUUUGGACUUUAAAAUGAGCCACACAAGAGUUAAGGUCAAUGUUCAUUUUAAUUCCUUUAAAAUUGGUGCAUUAUGGUACUGACCUUGGUUUAAGCAAUAGUCAGCUAUGCAAAUAAUUAACAUGUGUGAUAUAUUGUAUUCCCCGUUCAUUUUACUAUAAAGGAUUUAGGUCUCACCACUGUCUGGGAAGAUCAUCUAUCCUACCUCUUAACGCCUGCAUUAGCCUCAUAUGAGAUUGAGCGGACCACAGGAAUAUGUGCUGGGAAUGAGGAGUUUCAGGAUUCCAUAAGAAGGGCUGUUCCCAAUGGACACACUUUUAAGGGAUUCCCUAUUCAUUUUGUCCAUAGAAAUUCAAGAAGAGCAUUUGCUACAUGUCUGAGGUAAUUAUUAAUGGUAAUUUUAUUAAUGAUUAACCUUUAAAUCCAAAGAUAAAUUAAUUAAAUGAAAACCUGGCACUAUCGGCUCUUGGAGAGCCCCCCUCCCUCGGCACUGAAGGGGUUAAAACCCCUUCAAACACUUUCCUUAAUCCAGCACCGGGUUACCUCGGCGUUGGUGAUCUAUCCUCCCCCGCCGACGUCAGCUCCCGUGUGGAGCUGAAUGCGCAUGCGCAGCCAGAGGAGUGCACGCAUUCAACCCGCCCAUAGGAAACCAUUACUCAAUGCUUUCCUAUGGGGAUCUUAUUUGACGCUGGACUCCGUGAGGAAGCAAUCUCUAGUGGCUGUCAGAGAGACAGCCACUAGAAGCUGGAUUAACCCUGCAGUGUAAACAUAGCAGUUUCUCUGAAAUUGCUAUGUUUUCAGCUGCAGGGUUAAAACUAGAGGGACCUGGCACCCAGACAACUUCAUUGAGCUGAAGUUGUCUGGGUGCCUAUAGUGGUCCUUUAAGGGCUUGCUGAAGAAUAAAACAAAAAAAAAAUAAUAUAUAUUUUUAUUUUUUAUGGUUUUUUUAGGUGUCUUCGCAGUCUUACAUGAAUAGCAAUUGUAUUUGUAAACUUAAAAUUGCUUACAAAUCAUGUAUAAGAUUUACAAAAACAGGUUAACAAGCUUGAAAAUUCAGUAAAAUAAAGUGUAAUUGUAUUAAAUUAAAGAUUGGAGUAAAGUAGGUGACCCUCUGUACAUAAGAUAAGUUAUUUAUGCAGCCUGAUUUAGAACACAUUGCAAAAAUCACUGAUCGUUGAGUAAGCUUUUUGCUUGAAAAAUGGUAUCUGGAUUUAUUUGGGUUUUAAAUGCAAUACAAUAACUGCAAAAACGUAACAACAUUGUUUUCCUCGUGCUUCCUUUUUUUGCUUCCUUGUUUUUCUAGCAAAUUAGACAAAUUACUCUUAAAAAAACUAGUUACGGCGCACUCAGACUUGUAAAUAAAUAACUAAGAAGGCUAACGCCUAUCUAAGAAUAAAUAUGGGGAUUUAGUUCCACCAUAUGGCCAUAUGAUGUUAAGCCCACUACUACUUCAAAGUACCCCAAUAUCAGUGGGUCCUACACUAAUAACAAAAAUGUGGGAGAUAAAUUAAAUAGUACUAGUGCUAAACAUAAGCUACAGUGUAUUGAAUUCAUUUCUUUGUAAGAGCAAAGUGAGUAUACAAUAGUGAUAAAAGCAAUUAAAAACAGUGUAACAACUAAACAAUUAAAGUGUUGGUGCUUGAAUGAGUAUACUCACAUUUGCAGAUAAUAUCUGUGCUGCAUAAAGAAAAUAAUAAAAGUGACAUGACUAUAAAACUCCUCCUAUUUAUACACACCUGUGGCCACCUCUAAAGAGGUCUCUGAAGCUGGGGGGCCUGGGUGGGGUGCUUAACCCCAAAGGAAUCUGGUCUGGAUUCCAAAUAUAAUUGCACAAAGGAGAGAUUGGGGGCACACCCGUAUACAUGAAAGGUGCUGCCGCAGUGACCAAAAUUCAUACAGAAAAACUAAAUCCCCAUAUUUAUUCUUAGAUAGGCGUUAGCCUUCUUAGUUAUUUAUUUACAAGUCUGAGUGCGCUGUAACUAGUUUUUCUGUAUGAAUUUUGGUCACUGCGGCAGCACCUUUCAUGUAUACGGGUAUGCCCCCAAUCUCUCCUUUGUGAAAUUACUCUCAAAAAGCAUAAAUUCCCUCAAAAAGCACAUACACAUUGUAGAGCUCAUAGCUUUAGAAAAAAAUCCAUAUCUGUGACAUCUGUACCAUCACUGACAGUGUAACAGCCUGGUUUUAUGUACACGAUCAUUGCAUUUACAGAUUACACUAUGCUGCUUUGAAUGGCUUAGUUUGCCAAAUUUUCAACUUCUUAAAGCAUCAUGCUCCGUGUCCUCUUAGAGGUUGCGAUAUCUUACAGUUCAUUGCAAAAAGUAAAUUCUUACAGCUUGUACAAAUGACUUCAUCCAACCUUGUUCGUUCUUCACUGCUUUCAUUGCUAGAAUUGAGUUCACCCAGUGAUUGUGCCACAACUUAAAAUUAUUAGCCGAGUACAUAAUUGUCACUGCCUUUACAGACUACACUAUAAAUGUAUAUGCAGCUUUGUUCAUGACCUGUUCCUCAGCUGUGAGAUUGCUAAAUUGCCACAGCGAGCAAAAUCCUGGCAAUAUUUUAAGAAAAUAUAUUGGACAAACCUCUCUACAGAUUUCUCAUAGUUAAUGCACAGAGAUUGCGUGAAAUAAAUGAAACCUAAACUGCAUGUUCUUUAUGAUCGAAAUUACUACCAAUAGCAGAAAAAAAAAAAUCUGUGCACCCAAGACUUGAGGACAGUUUCUUUUUUAUUUUUUUAUUUUUUUACCAUUUGGCUUAGUGUGUUUGCUUUACACAGUCAUACAUGUCACUGUCAGCGAGUUUUUUUUAGGGACAUGGUGUGUGUGUGUGUGUGUGUGUGUGUGUGUGUAUACACACACACACACACACUCUCUCUCUCUCGCUAAAUAUCACUAAGAGGAGACUAAUCCACUUCCUCAUGUUUAAUAACUCUCUUGGCAAGCCCGCUUCUACUAUUCUGUGUUGCUUUUUCUACUCUGACCUCAGAAUUUGAUUGUUUUGUUAAUAUUUCCGCAGAUCUCCAUUUUGUGAUGAGAUAUUAUCCUGCCGUGGGGAUCAGAUCAGACUUGCUGUCAGAGUGCGUGUUUUCACGUACCCAGAAUCUGCUUGUGCUGUGUGGAUAAUGUUUGCAUGUAAAUAUCGGUCUGUGUUAUGACACACACACUACCUCUUCAUUCUAAGCAUUCAGACUAUUUUUUUAUAUUUUUUCUUAAAUAUGCUUGUUUUGUAAUUAUGCAUUUUUCUAAAAAAAUAAAAUAAACUAACAUUUUUUAUAGUUCAAGAC